AUGGCGGACGACUCCAUAAUGGACGACUCCGUAUUCGACGAGGGUGCCAGCUCCGACUUUGCGCCGCCCGCGAAGCCCGCAAAGGCUACCAAGGCCGCCGCAAAGCCCAAGGCAGCAGCAACGAAGAAAGCAGCAGGUCCUGCGAAACCUAGAGGACGGCCCGCCGGCGCGGCUGCGAAGCCCAAGGCAAAGGCUGCCCCCAAGAAGAAGGCGAAGGCCGUCUCAGACGAUGAGAACUCUGACAUGGACAUGGACGCGGACCCUGUCAACGACGACGAGUCACUUCUAGACGACACACCACCGAAAGCCAAGAAGGCAGCAGCCCCGAAGAAGUCCAGCGGCAAGCCUCUUGCAGACAUCGCGAACGAGAGCUUCGGCGGAGAUGCCGACGAUGUACCAAUCUCGGCCCCCAAGAAGGGCGGCGCCAGCAGCAAGUACCAGAUGUUGACGCAUUUGGAGCACAUCAUGAAGCGCCCCGACACAUACAUCGGAUCCGUAGAGCGCCAGACGGACAAGAUGUGGGUGUACAACUCGGAGAGCGAGUCGAUGGAGUUCCGCGACGUCUCCUACGUCCCCGGUCUCUACAAGAUCUUCGACGAGAUCCUCGUUAACGCGGCCGACAACAAGCAGAACGACAAGAACAUGAGCGAGAUCAGGGUCACGGUUGACCGCGAGUCUGGCGAGAUCUCCAUUAAGAACGACGGCAAGGGAAUCCCAAUUGAGAUUCACAAAGAACACGGCAUAUAUGUACCAGAGAUGAUCUUUGGUCACCUCCUCACCUCCUCCAACUACGACGACAACCAGCAGAAAGUCACCGGUGGUCGCAACGGUUACGGAGCCAAGCUUUGUAACGUCUUCAGUACCGAAUUCACAGUCGAGACGGUCGAUUCGAAACAAAAGAAGAAGUACAAGCAGACCUGGACUGAGAACAUGAGCAAGAUGGGCAAGGCCAAGAUUACCGACAUCAAGGGGGACGACUACACCAAGGUCAGCUGGAAGGCCGACUAUGCUCGCUUCGGAAUGGCUGGUAUCGACGACGAUUUCGAGGCCAUCAUCAAGCGCAGGACUUACGACAUGGCUGGUACGCUACGGGGCAUGAAGGUCUACCUGAACGGCGACCGCAUCAAGAUCUCGUCAUUCGCGAAGUACAUGGAGAUGUAUACCAAGUCGAUUUCGCGCGACCAGGGCAAGAGCGAGGACGACAAGGAGAAGGACGUCAUCAUCACAGACAAGCUUGACCGCUGGGACAUUGGUUUCGCCGUGUCUGAUGGUUCCUUCAACCAGGUCUCUUUCGUCAACUCGAUUGCGACUACGUCUGGUGGUACCCAUGUUAACCACAUCGCCGACCAGAUCAUCGACAAGCUCAUGGCGAUUGUCAACAAGAAGAACAAGGCAGCUGUCAAGCUGAAGCCUGCACAGAUCAAGAACCAUCUCUUCCUGUUCGUCAACUGUUCCAUCGUGAACCCGGCCUUCACAUCGCAGACCAAGGAGCAGCUCACGACCAAGGCCAGCCAGUUCGGUAGCAAGCCGGUCCUCAGUGACAAGUUCCUGAACGCCAUCGCCAAGACGGAGGUCAUCCAGAACAUCAUGCACUUUGCGCAGCAAAAGGCCGACCAGAUGAUGAAGAAGACCGACGGCAACAAGCGCAACCGUAUCAGCAACGCAAAGCUCACGGAUGCCAACAAGGCAGGAACCAAGGACGGACAUCUCUGCACGCUCAUCCUCACUGAGGGUGAAUCAGCCAGUGUACUUGCUUUGGCUGGUCGUGCCGUAGUCAACCAGGAUCUGUUUGGUGUCUUCCCGCUUCGUGGUAAGCUCCUCAACGUCCGAGACGCAACCGUCGACCAGAUCAUGAAGAACGCCGAAAUCCAAAACAUCAAGAAGUUUAUGGGACUUCAACAUAAAAAGGAAUAUACGGUCGCCGACAUGAAGAGCUUGCGUUACGGUCAUCUUAUGAUCAUGACGGAUCAGGAUCACGACGGUAGCCAUAUCAAGGGUCUACUCAUCAACUUCCUCCAGUGUCAGUUCCCGAGCUUGCUCAAGAUCCCCGGCUUCCUCUUGGAGUUCAUCACGCCCAUCGUCAAGGUCUGGAAGGGCGACCCCAAGAACCCGCGCGGUAUGAAGAGCUUCUUCUCCAUGCCUGAGUACGAGGAAUGGAAGGAGCAGCACCAACACGAGAAGGGAUGGGAUCACAAGUACUACAAGGGAUUGGGUACCAGUGACAUUCCCGAUGCCCAGAUCUACUUCAAGGAUCUCGAUACCCACAUGAAGCGCUUCCAGGUCAUGCGUGAGGAAGAAGAGAAACUCAUCGAGCUUGCUUUCUCUAAGAAGAAGGCGGAUGCUCGUAAGGACUGGUUGCGCGACUUUGUCCCCGGUCAGCAUCUUGACCUUACCACUCCCGACAUCUCGUACGACGACUUUGUGAACAAGGAGUUGAUCCUCUUCUCCAUGGCCGAUAACGUGCGAUCAAUUCCCUCGGUUAUUGAUGGUCUGAAGCCCGGUCAGCGCAAGGUCUUGUACACAUGUUUCAGGCGAAACAUCAAGAAGGAUGUCAAGGUCGUUGAGCUUGCUGGUUCAGUUUCUGGAUCCACUGACUACGCUCACGGUGAAGCCUCUAUGCAGGGAACCAUUGUCAACCUCGCCCAGAACUUUGUCGGUACCAACAACAUCAACUACCUGGAGCCCAGUGGUAACUUCGGUUCUCGUCUCAAGGGCGGUGCCGAUGCUGCCAGCGCCAGGUACAUUUACACACGCCUUUCUCCAUUUGCACGACGAAUCUUCCACGGCCACGAUGACGCACUACUGAAAUACGGUGAAUCAGAUGGCCACAAGAUCGAGCCUGAGAUGUUUGUUCCGAUCCUACCCACGAUUCUCAUCAACGGUUCGAGCGGUAUCGGUACUGGUUGGAGCUCCGAAAUCCCCAACUUCAACCCGAUGGAUAUUAUCGACAACAUCAAGCGUCGCAUGCAGCCAGGCGCCACCAAGGAAGACAUGCUUCCAAUGAUUCCAUGGUACAAGGGCUUCAAUGGUACAACCACAGUGCUCGGUCCCGAUCGAUACCAGUUCACUGGAGUUGUUCGACAAACUGGUGACAACGAGGUUGAGAUCACUGAGCUACCAGUUCGUUACUGGACACAAGACUUCAAGGAAAAGCUUGAGGAGAUCAUCAAGGCUGAGAAGGGCCCUUCAUACAUCAAGGACUACAUCGACUACAACACGCCCGAUCGCGUCCACUUCAUCAUCAAGAUGGAAGACAAGUACAUGGCCACAGCUCUUGCCAAGGGUCUGGAAGAGAUGUUUAAGCUCUUCAAGCCUCAGUCUACUAGCAACUUGGUCGCUUUCGACGCACACGGUCGCAUCCACAAGUAUGCAAGCGUUCUCGAUAUCAUCGAGGAGUUCUACCACGUCCGUCUGCGAUACUAUGAGAAGCGAAAGCAGCAUCAACUUCAGGUCAUGGAGAAGGAGCACUUGAAGAUGACGAACCAGGCCAGGUUUAUCCAAAUGAUCAUCGACGGCAAGCUCAUCGUGUCAAAGAAGAAGAAGACUGUGCUUGUUCAAGAGCUCAAGAAGCUUGGCUUCACUCCCUUCCCCAAGGUCGAGGAUGCUAAGGCUGCUGGUGAGGUCGAGGACGUACAGGAGGAUGACUCAGAAGAUGUUGAGACGGAAGUGUCCGCCAACGAUUACGACUAUCUGCUAGGUAUGGCUAUCUGGUCUUUGACCCAAGAGCGUGUCGAGAAGCUUCUGAAGCAGAUCGGCGAGAAGCAACAUGAGAUCGACACUCUCAUCAAGCUAUCACCAAAGGACAUUUGGACUGUCGACCUUGAAGCCUUCAUGGAUGAAUGGAAUGUCCAGCUGGACGAAGAGGUCAAGCGCAAGAAGAAGAUCGCUGCCAUCACUCGCCGACCUUCCGCAAAACUUGGUAUCGGUGGCGGCAAGGGCAAGGGAAAGAAGAAGAGAAAGGCAGAUGGAAGCGACUCGGACGACUCCGGAUCCGACUUUGGCCCGGUUAAGAAGAAGGCAAAGCCGAAGAAGGAGGGGCUGCUUAGCUAUCUGCAGCAGGAACCAGUCAAGAAGCCUAGUGCAGCAGAAGCUCUCAAGAGCAGCACCGCGUUCGGCUCAACCGCGCCGCAGAAGCAGGGUACCUUGCUCACCCAUCUUGUCAAGAAGAAGGAGGAGACGCCUCAGACCGAAGGCGGAGAAGAUGGUAGAUCAGCUUCCGCAGACUCUGCACCAGCGCCAGCUGCAACCAAACGGGGUCGCCCAGCUGCUGCAAAACCUAUCAAGAAGGACCCGCUUUCGGACGAUGAAGACUCGGACGUAUUCGCUGCAGUCGCCCAAGAGGCGGCAAAGGAGCCCUCCAAGACCACUGCUGCACGUACUGCUCGCAGCGCAAAGAAACAGGCCCCCAAGUACACCAUGGGCAGCGACUCCGACGACGAUGAUGACGAUGACCUCCUCGGCGAUGUUAGCAGCAUGGUCAAGACCAUCGGAUCCGGUACGAACGGCGUUCCCAUGUUCAAAGCCACUACAACUGCGCGCCCAGCAGCACCCGUAAAGAAGAACAGCCCCAUCGAGCCCAUCGAGAUCGACGGCGACACCACAAACUACGAAGGUCUGAUGCCCCAGUCUUCGCCCCAACGCCCUCCCCCUCGCAACAUCCACGACACGAUCAUGAGCUCUGACGAGGACGACUUCGAUCUCGGCGUCAAGAAGCCCGUCGCCAGCCGCCUUACCAAACCCGCCGCGAAGCCCAAAGCCGCAGCCGCCAAGCCUGCACCCAAACCCAAGGCCGUUGCGAAGAAGCCCGCUGCCCAGAGCCCCGCAGCAAAGGCUUACGCGAAGAAGCACGGCAAAGACGCGGAAGCUGCGAAGCCUGCAGCCAAGGCGAAGAAGCAGAUCACCAUCGACUCUGACGAGGACGAGGAGAUGGAGGAUGCGGACGCUAUUGCCAACGAUAUCCUGUCCGAUGAGGACGAGGAUGAGCCAACUCCCAAACCAGCCAAGCGCGCACCUGCUGCGAGACCUGGUCGCAGGGCUGCUGCUAAGCCGGCGAAGUACGUGGUUAGUGAUGAUGAGGCGGAGUCGGAUGAGGCUUCUGAACCUAGCUUCGAUGACGACGAUGAUAGCGAGUAG